CUGGUCUCUUAAUAUCCAAUGUUGGCAGGCCCUGUCAACGACCGUCGAUCAUGUCCCUCCAUCUAAAUGGCAUCGCCCUAAUCACCGGCGCAGGCCAUGGAACCGGACGAGAAUCCGCCCUCGGAUACGCCGCCGAGGGCGUCAAAGGCAUUCUUCUCGCCGACACCAACUACGACGCCGCUCUCGAUGCCGCGCAGGAGAGCGAGACCGUCGCAACAAACCCAGCCUUCACGGCGGUAGCCAUACAAGUCGACAUGACAGACCCUUCCAGCAUCGCAGGGGUGAUCAGCAAAGCAGUCAAAACAUUCGGUAGAAUUGACUACUAUAUCGACAGCACCCGGGCAAGAUACGCCAGCAUCACAGCCACGGGGUCAUCGGAACCAGAUCACACCUGGCAAGCCAACGCCGAGGGAACACUACACUGCAUCCACGCCGUGGCUCAGGUAAUGAAGAGCCAGUCCGCUGGGAAGUACAAGUACCGCGGCCAAGUGCGCGAAGCUGGCCGCGGGUCCAUCGUCAUCGUAGGCGCGCCCCGUACCGACCUGGGCAGGGAUACCGUUGCUGAAGACGCGGUCCUCAGGCUGGUCCGCAAAGCCGCGGUUCGCCUCGCUGCGCAUGGAGUUCGGGUAAAUGUGGUCUGUCCAGGCUUGACGGACGAGCUUGACCCGGUUCUUAAUAAAAAGAUUGACCCGCUGUUGAUGAAGAGCGCUGUUCCCAUGGCCCGGGAGGCGAGGCCGGAGGAGAUUGCUGACGUUGCCUUGUUUUUGAGCUGCCCGAGGGCUAGCUAUGUCGCUGGUGCGGCCUGGGCUGUUGAUGGCGGUAUGAAGGUACAGAUUGAAGCAACCGACGAGAUAGGUAAUUAGGGCAUUGGUACCUAUUUCAGUAUAGCGCCUCUUGGAACCAUAUUUGCAGAUCUGACCAACGAUAUCUAUUCUUCCAGAGGACUAUAUAUGAAGAUAGUAAUGCAGACUGCUUCCCCUACUAAUGAUGCGAAUACUCAAAGUCAACCUACUGGCAGUAUAGUGUUUUCCACAAUCAACCUCAAUUCGGGUGCAGAUGUUAUUUAUCAUCGAAGACAAACGUGCAAAUAUUGAAUAUUUGGAUGAUUUGAUAAAGGCAAAAAGCGUUCUUUAUACUUUCUAGCCCAAUGGAUACCAAAGAGUAAAUCCAAGGUCUGACUAGUUUCUCCUCGGCUUUCCAACGUUGUCUACUUGCUCCUUGCCCACACCAAAACGAUAAUAUGUCAUAAUCACAACCCGAUCGCGAUGCCGCCGGAUAUCAACCUUCAUAUCAUCGCAGGAGCUGCUCACAUCUCGUCAGUCAGCAAAGAAAGUCACCG